AAAAAAUAAUAUUUUAUGCUAGGAAGAAUUAGCAUGCAGUGCAGAUGAAUAGCUUCAUAACGUCAAGAAGCCAAAGUGAAACAAUCUAUGCGAUCUAAAAAGAUACCCAGCAAAAUAUUGGAAAUUGAAUAACUCGAACGAAGAAUUAUGAAAGUAGCAAACCCUGACCCUGACAAUAAAGUGUUGUUUCCUCUUGCUUCUCUUCAGCGGCAAGCCUGGGUCGAAACUUAAACUAACUUUCUUGCCGUAGGAAAAAUUCCAACAGUGUUGGGGAAACUUUGAGAAGGCUAUAUUAGGAGAAAUUACGAAAACGCGACAGAAAACCUGUAAUUUCCCUGGUUUAGAGUUUCCCUCAAAAAUACCCAAAACACCUGGGCCCCCAAAUGCCAUGGUACGGCCGAGGGUGGGGAGAGUCAGCUCUCUAGAAAUGCUCUCACAUGGCCACGAGUAUACAGCCACUGCCAGAAAACUCCUACUCACUGCCUUAUCGCAGUUGGGGUUUGUUAACGAAAUUGAAAGGACGAAAAGUGAAUGUCCAGUGCUUUAACCGGGUUGAUGGAUAUCGUGGAUCCACCUAGGAAAGUUGGAAACCCUUGAUUCCAAACCAAUGGUGCACAUGGGCUGCAGUAUCCUGAAGGAACAAAUGGCGUAUGAGCCAAUCGUUGGUCACUGGCUACCACGCGACUGCGUCUUCUGACAUUGUUCCACUACCUUGUGGAUCAGACUUAUAAGUCGAAGGCCUCGGGCGUGACCCCCUAAGGAAACUACUUGUUUCGGUCUGGGUACUUGGGCAGUAUCACAGCCCAUGAACAAAUCAAGUGACUUUUGUGGCGCAUAUGUAUUCAGUUCCCCUUUGUACCAAUAUUUAUGUAUUCAAAUAAAUAAAUAAAAUAAAUGGGGAAAUUUCGCUUUCUGAUUAUUUCCCCAGAAUCUACAAAAACUUUGGGGAAAUCCAUCUAUAUUAUUUAGUAGAACACCGAAAUUACUGAGUAUUCUGGAGAAAACCUGAAAAUUUUCCCAACGUUCUCGAGAAGUUAUAUGGUCUUUAUUGAGAAGUACCCAGAAUGUUCUUUGCGUAUAAACGUCUUUCUUUACCUUUAGUUAAUUUCGCAAAUUUAACGCAAUUCGAAAACAAUUACGCCACUGUACCCAACAUCAAAAUGUCUGUUGUCGCACACACAUCUAGCUUGUAUAAAUGUUCUCUGCGGAACUAAGUGAAUGCUUCUUAGAAGACAAUAUAAUGUGGACACGCAAUCAUAGUUUAUUUACCUCAUCAAAGUAGUCAUAUCUUGCCAACAUUUGCAGCAACAAACACUAUAUGUAAGCGUUGCCGUAGUUAAGAGACUGGCGCGUUAUUAAUAAGAUUGUUUAUUGAAAUAUAAAAAAGACUACAUAUAGAUCUUUCGCGAAUUCUUUGCAUUUUCAUAUUCUUCUCAAUGGCGAUUUUCUUUUUGAUGUGUUCAUCACGUAGAAGUUGGACUUUCGUUCUCAGUGUUCUACAAACAACGGAACGUUACCCUUCUAUGUAACGAACAUAAUACCAAAGCAGUCCCAAUGCUAAUAGUAGACAAACAAAUGCCUAAUGUUAUAGCAAUAAUCGAACCUGUGGAUCUAUAAUGUCAUAUGAAAUGUGUCUCAUGUACAAACGUUAAUAUAAAAGUGUUUGCUGGAUUAAAAACUUACAGUUAGACCAGUAAGCACUUACGAAGUCAGCCGAAAAGGAAAUAUACAGUAAAUAGUAAUUUCAAGAUAAACAUUUUACAUCACGUGAUAAGAACAAACUCCUUCGUCAGAGAAAGUUUACACAAGCUAGAUGUGUGUGCGACAACAGACAUUUUGAUGUUGGGUACAGUGGCGUAAUUGUUUUCGAAUUGCGUUAAAUUUGCGAAAUUAACUAAAGAUAAAGAAAGACGUUUAUACGCAAAGAACAUUCUGGGUACUUCUCAAUAAAGACCAUAUAACUUCUCGAGAACGUUGGGAAAAUUUUCAGGUUUUCUCCAGAAUACUCAGUAAUUUCGGUGUUCUACUAAAUAAUAUAGAUGGAUUUCCCCAAAGUUUGCCCAAGCGUUCUGGGUAUUUUUAGAAAAAACUCCAAACCAGGGAAAUUGUUUAGGUUUCUUGUCUCAUUUUCCUAGUUUUUUUUAAUACAGCCCACUCAAAAUCAUGAGAUAAGGUGAUGAAUUAGAACUUAUGAACUACAGCUACUUAGUUUGUUGCAUACUUUCUGUACCAAUUAUUUGUGUGCCUUAUAUAAGAGAGGAGAAUCUUAGAAGUCUUUCUUCUAAUAUCCGCCUAUUUACGCGUUCAAAACUGUGGCGUCCAACACUUAUUUCGGUUCGACAGCUUGAGUUACCGUUGAUUAGCGUACAAUAUAGAAAUCGUUUCUCGAUACUGAUUUACACGUCAGAAUUGCUCUACGAAAUUUCUAUCAAAUGAUAGUUAAGAUACUUUAGAGCGACCCGUUAUUCAGAUUAACAUGUCUGCCAAUCCUGACUUUCCUGUCAUGAAUCGCCUAAGUAAAACAAAUGGUCAGGACAAAGUUCAGUCUAUUUCAAUCAGAAAUUUACCGGUGGAUGUAGAUGACAAAAUGCUGAGGAGUAUUAUACCUUCGGCUAAAAAAUCAGUUCACACAAGCAAACAUUUUUUAUCACAUUUUCUACUGUGAAGGGCUAUACAGAUGCAUUACGUCGUUUAAGAAGAGUCGACUUCAAUGGAGUUAAGGUCAUGUUUGCUAAAAUUUCAAUGUUCAGAAGAUCUCGAAGAUGUAUUUGAAGAUUGUCAUCACAAAUUAAUUGGAAGUCAGACUAUUAAAGCUAUAAUUGGUGUUCAAUCAACUCUUCAUUAUGAAUCCUGUGGUGCUGAUGAUACACAAGAUAUUCAUGGGUUUGAACUUGUUAGAGUACUAUCAAACAUUGACGAUGAUAAAAUUCGUAAACAAUUUCCUGAAAAUACUAUAAUUGAUUAUCAUCCAAUACCUAAUAAUGAUUUAGUCACUAGAAAUGUGUUUAUUCGUUUCGUAAAACAAGGAUUCAAUUGGCCACUUAUUAUGAUGUUAAAAAACAAUGUAUUUAGUGGAUUUCCUUUUGAAUGUCGACCAUGGACCAAUUCUAUGUUUUAGAAGCAGAAUGAAGAGAAUAACUGGACAAUCAUGAAUAUUACAAUGUAGGGAAAACAAAACAUUUAUUUUUAGAAAUAAACUAGUAUUUUACAAAGAAAAUUUAAAGGAUUUUUUGUAGUUAUGUAUAAUUUUACAUGUUUAACUUUGGUACUUUUAAAUAAAAAAAGUUCCAACCUCCUGUCUCGUCCUACUUUUCUUCACUGUGAGUAGUAGUAAACGCUGUUUUAGGCCCCAUACACAUGUAAUUAAGUUAUCUAGAUUUAUUGAUUGAGAAACACAUCUUGUCUAGAAUAUCUGAUAAUGCCUUUCUGGUUGUUUUUUAAAUAUGUUCUAAUAAACUUAUGCCUUCAUAGGACAAGGAUUUAGUCACGAACUGAUUCAACAAUGCUGUUUUAACUAUGCCAAGAGAGUGAAGAUUGGAUCUUUGAUUUUUAAAAAUGUAAACAAGGAAAUAAUCGAGUUGUUCAAUACGCGUGUUAUUUAGCAUAACCGCUUAUCUUAAAGAGCUGUUCGUUGUUGCUACCUUGAAGUGUUGGUCGGGUUAGUCUAUCGUGGUUAAUUAACCAAGUCAUACUUAAUGAAAAAGUCGUUCCUCGAGGCCUGUGGGCGAAGUCGUACUGCUGACUCUACAGACCUGUGUUGUUACCAGCUAUCUCCAAAAUCUGAGCUGGUACACGAUACAGCGUAACUUGCCUAAAUAAUGGUGUUGAGUCACCCAAUUGAGAUACGCGCAAAAUCGAAGGUUACAAAACAACGAUUUGUACAAAACCGGUGCUUUAUUGAAUAAAAUACAAAAGUUAGUUACAAGCCUCAACGUGAGAGGUGUCUGCGGCAUAUUAUUAUCUGAGAUAAAAAAGAAUUCCUGUGAUAGUAACAUAAAGAAAAAUUACAACAUACGAUAGUGCAAAAGCCAGCUGUCAAUACUUGGUAACAGUUUAUGAACACGCAAAAGAACGAACCAAGAACAAGCAAUAUGGGAACCGUUGUGUUUAAACAAUGGAUGACUAAAUACACGAAGUUGUGAAGAAUUGCAACAAUGAUUGAGAUAAAUUAAUUACAAUGAUAAACACAAUAAAUGUCAGGAAUAUAAAUAAACACUUCAAAAUCGCAUUGCAACACAAGCGUAAGAAUUGCUAGGAAUACAAAUUCCUCAAUGAAUAUAAGUUAAAACAAAACAUAAAACUAUAUGGAAAUAAAACUACUUGGUAAUACCCUCUUUCAAGUGUUUGCGUAUUGAUGUAUGAAGCAAUUGUGGCACAAAAUAAGUGGUCAUUGAUUAUUGAAUACACGUAAUCUAUAGAUCGAUUAGUGAUUUGAUGUGCUUUCUUUCCGAAAUAAUUCGCGACAAAAGAUGAAAAAAGUAACUCAAGUUAACAAAGUCCUGUUUACUAUUGUAUCACAACGAGAAUGUUUGCACAUAUUAUCUCUAUAGACGGGAAGUUUUUUCAAGGGGUUUUGAAACGGUAAAAUUUUAUACCAGAGAGAAUCAUGUAGACAAUCUAAAUGUAGCACUAACAGGAUACAACUUAUGAUGCUACUUUAAAACAUUGCAGAAUAGUCCUUGAAUCGGUCAAGUUAUACACACCAGAUUUCGUAAAAAUAAAAAUAUCAUCAUAAGAAAUUAGCGUAUAAUCUGAAACCACUUUUUCUAGUGAGGUUAUUCAACUUCAUAAUUUCUUAAACUAAAUCGUAGCUUAAGCUUUAUGUGGUGAAGGCCAACUGUUUAAAGUGAGACGAAAAAAGGGAUAAGUAAAGCACUAAUAUAUGAACGGAGUAUUAUUUUCCAAUAAAUUUUCUUUCAGUUCCACAUUCAAAUUAAUAAUCCAAAGAGUGACUACGUUUAAGAGAAGUACAUCAUAUAAAACCAUAGCAUGUGAAUUUAAGAUUGUUCGUAAAACAAAUAAAAAUUACAGCAGAACCCAAAGAGAAUUUACUGGAAAGAAUAAUCAUCGUUCAUAUAUUAGUAUUUUAAUAUGGGGAUUUUUAAACGAAAUAUCUGUUUAAACGCAGUGAUUUAACUAGUGGUCGCUGAGUUCUUUUAACAUCUUGCCAUCGAAUAUCAGAGUUGUAAACUUUUCCACACUGUGAUUCCAAAGGCAUCUCAUACUGUUUCCUUAUUCAUGUUUUUCGUCUUCGUAUAUGUAGACGCGUUACCAUACAGUUAGGCAUUCCUUAAAAAAUAACCUAGCCUAAAGGUCGUAACUCAAACACUCGACAAAAUGAAUUUCACAUUUUCGUGAGACACAAUUGAUAGUACAGCAUAUCUUCAAAUAAUUAAGUAUUGUUUCACAUUAACGUGAUGACCAUAAAGAACUUUGGUUCAAAGUAAAAACAGUAAACUCAGUAGGAAGAUCUGAUUUGCCAUUCGUACUUUUCAUACGGGGAUAUUUUUUAAAUGAAGUGGAGAAUUUAUUUGAUACUUGAUCAAUAAACUCGUCAUAAUCAGAUUAUAGUAGUACAUCUUUGCUGAACAACCAGACACAAGUGCAACGCCACUUCCGUCGAUCAGAGAAGCACAAAUAAAUGGUGUGGGAUGUCCAGAUUGCGCGAAAAACCGGAUCAUCUAAAGUCACAGAAAUGACAAUACACAAGCCAGAUCUGCGUGAAAUAAGUAAAACUACAUGUACACAAUCUGGACAGAAAUCAUUUCAUUUCAGUAGAACUGUUGUAUUCUCGUCAUAAGGAAGAAAGCGCAACACAUACACGAGUUGCACUGAUGCUGUCCAGAAAAACACGAAAACCGCCUAUAAGAUGGGAGACCUAAGGCGACAGAAUUAUCGAAACAUACUCCAAAGCAAAAAAGAAAACAUUGUAAUGAAUAUUGCCCACUGAUACACACCCAUCAAUGAUGUCAGUAAAGAUUAUGAAGACCUGUUCUAUCAGAUAAUACAGUCUAUCCUGAAGAAAUGUCCAGGAAAACACCUAACAAUCUUCGCGAGGGAACACGAACACAGGAUCCUAGUGUGGUCAUUUACUUGACCUCACCUCGCAAAACGAGGAUCUGACGAGAUAAACCCUCCGCGUAUCUGGCGACCCGAUGGCUAGUUCUCGUGAACUGGCAGGUGUACGCAUAGCACUAAGUACGAGGGCAGAACAAGCACUAAUACAGUAGAUUCCCGUUAACAGUCGUCUAUGUACUGUUCGGCUAAACGGCUCCAUAAGAAAUCGGAAGGAUAGGGACACAUAGUUAACUUCUCGUCAUUUCUUCCUAUGCUUCCUCUGACUGCAACCUGGAUGAAGUGAAGGAUGACUUUCACAGAAAGCUUUCUGGAUUUCUUCAAAAAGCUAAACACUCAGACAUAGUGCUCAUAGAAGGUGAAUUUAAUGUCCAACUAGUUAGAUUAAAUCCAACAGAUGGAUAUUUCAGUGGGUAUUUUGGUAUUCUGGCUCAGCGAACAGAUAAUGGUGACCGUCUGCUGCAAACCUAAAAGACUUACGUGUUAAACCGAUAAUAAUUGUUGAAAGGAAUAAUUUUAUUUGAGGUUCGGCUAUUCAACCCGUGGCAAAAAGAGUAUAUAUGUCGAUUUGGCUAUUGAAAGCUAGGUUAUAGUUAAUACAAUGUUAAGACGUUUACUUAUUUUCUAUGAGACAUUAUUAUCACUUGAAAUAGAGAUGAGCCACUUAUUGAAAAUGGAUACAUCCGUCUUAUUGUCGCAAUUUCUUUUUUUUAGUAAAAUAAUACUUUUAUAGUCAACCCCACAAUUCUCACUUAAAGUAGGUGCCCCAGUCAAUUUUAUAAAGUCAUUGGAAACGACAUAACCUAUUUGAUUUAAAAGAGAUUAUGAGUAAUAGUCAAUAAUUAGUACCAUAUAUACACUUCUCCAACAGUACUUUAAUAACAUAGAGCUAUCUCCUCAAGUAACGCCAUAGCACUCUUCUCUGCAACCACAUUCAAACCUUUACGCAUCUAACAACACGGAGAACCGAGUUGCUUUGCAAGAAGACGCAAGGAUUGUUGAGAUCAGUCUAUUCAGGCUGUGAACGUACACGAUAAUAAAUGAAAUUACGAUAUAACAGUGGAUUAAGACUGAGGUGUUUCUUAUUUAGCGGAUAAUAACGAUCAACAUAAAAUUAUCAGCUUCAGUGUCUGACUGAAUACCAGUGCACUGGACGACUGGUAAACUGACUUUGAUCAUUUAUAAACUACAAAAGCAUUAGCGCGAAUUAAUCAAAAAAUCUUUAUUAACUGUGAAAAGAUAACUUUAAUAUUUAAAUCAUUUCUACAAAUUUACCAAUGAGAGGGUACUCCGAGAAAUGAAUAUUUUUAAAAACAUUAGAGACAUAACUAUUUUCUGUGCAAUGACAAAUAUAUUAGCCAUCUAGAAAGAUCAGAAAACGUGAAAACAAUUAUAAUUUAAACACAAUCUACCAAAUAAUUGCUUAGAUAUAGCUGAAAUCGAAGUAAAUACCAGUAUUAAAAUCAUUGGUGAUUUGUAAGAUUACUAUCGUGCGUCAUGGACCGUAAAAGUAGCAUUAGGGGGGGGGCAUAAGAAUGAAAAAUUUUCAUCAUUGGAGCAACUAGUCCUUAGGGGAUCGCUUGUUGAAAUAUGCUUCUAGGUUUCUCGAAACUAAGUCGAUGUUUUUUAAGGUUAACUUCAAUACCUUGUAGGUGUGUGCAUGUAUGAAGAAUACUGAAUUUCUCUUGAACAUCAGUUGUCAAGAAUGCAAGAUUCAUUGAUUCAAAAAUUGGAUUUGCGAAACAAUAUAGACUUUCCCCAAGAAUUUAAAUUUACACACAAACAUACCUAAAAUUGCUCAGAAGGAAACAAAAAACUGCAAUUAAUUCGUGGCUCGAAAUAGGUUGAAUUAGUGUAGAUGUGUACAUUCUUUAGCUUUUCUAUCCGCAUUGUCAUUCGUUCUUUCAUAAACUCAAUCCCUAUCAUCAACACGAUUCUUCCAAGCUUAACUUGUUCUUCUUCUCUCUUUCACUGUUCAG